AUGACUGCCCCGAGAAGCAGCCGUAAAUUUGUUGAUGCCAACAACCCUUCCGCUGGGUUUCACUGCCGCACGUGCGUCCGGCAUAUCAAUCAUCACGGCAGCCUUCCAACCGAGCAGGAUCUUGCAGCGUUCGAGUACCGCAAAAGGAUACGGAAACGACGUCCUUACCCUAGUGCAUCAGACGUUUGGAAGAGAGAACCAAUGCCUCACCACACCUCCGGCUCUGUUUCAUCUACCAAACAGAUGAAACAGAGCCGCGAUGAAUACCCUUGCAUGCACUGCGGCGACAUAACCAUCUCCAGCAGCAAACGUAGGCUCGUUGAGCCUCAGAAUCCCGCGGCAGGUUAUUACUGCCAGCCAUGUACGCGGUCUCUACUUGAAACCGACUCCCUGCCAAGCACCGUCAAAAUCGCAGCGCUUAGAAAGCUCAGAGCGACCCGCAUGCAAAACAAUCCCCGAGUCUUGAAAAGCCCCUGUGUCCACUGCGGGGAAAUUACCGCCCCCAGCAGCAAGCGUCGACUCGUCGAGUCGAAGAACGCCUACGCCGGGUAUUACUGCCGCGCCUGUGCAGAUUGUUUGGUGCAAACCGAUUCCCUGCCGAGUGAGAUACGCCUUGCAGUUCGCAGAUCGCGAGAGCAGGUCAGGCUGAAAAACCUGCGGGCCAAUCUAUCAAAAAUGUCGCCGUCCCCGGUCACUCCGCAGGAUGGAGAAGCUACACCAAUGAAAACUCCCACGGACAGUACCGCACACACUUGCGCGCUCUGUAAAACCGAAGUACACACGCCAGGCCCCUAA